AAGGGCUGCUGCUGUUCCCCAGACUACCGAGCGCUCAGUAGCGAACUGCAGCAGCGCAUUGUUUCGGCUAGUUUUGUCGUCCAGGGUCGAGUGGAGACGGUUUGAGACGACAGUGUGUUGUUUUCUUUCUGAAUGUAUGCCGAGAAUAUAGUGCGGGUAUUGCACUGACAAAGUCUUUUAUAUAACCAGACGCGACCAUGUCUGCUACCGACACUUCAACAGACAACAACGGGGACUCGGGUCUCAACGGAUCGUGGGUGGAGUUGGAGAUGAACAGAGGUGCUGCAGCAUCAUCAUCCCUGUCUUCAUCCACCGGUGCCCCAUCAACCAGCCUACUACCACUCCCUCAGGUGGAGGAAGAGGAGGCCAUGGGGGGUGGGCUGGAGCAUGUCCCGUCUUCGUCCUCCAUUCACAAUGGUGACAUGGAGAAGAUCCUGCUGGAUGCCCAGCACGAGUCGAGCCGUAGCAACUCGUCCUGUGACAGCCCUCCGCGGCCCCACAGUCCCCAGGACGAUGGGCAGAUCAUCUUUGAUGUGGACGUGACAAGUAGAAGAGACAGCCAAUCCGAGGAGGACGUGCUGGAAAAGGAGAGAGACAUGGACAUCCUGAUGAAAGACGCAGAUUGGGUUGCAGACUGGUCCAGUCGACCGGAAAACAUUCCCCCCAAGGAGUUCCACUUCCGUCACCCCCGGCGCUCUGUCACGCUCAGUAUGAGAAAGACGGGUGUGAUGAAGAAGGGAGGCAUCUUCUCUGCUGAGUUUCUCAAAGUUUUUAUCCCAUCGCUGCUGCUAUCACACAUCCUGGCUCUAGGAGUGGGAGUCUACAUCGGGAAGAGGCUGACCACGCCUCCCACCAGCUCCUUCUGAAUAGAAGUGCCUGAGAAGUAGCCUGAAGCUUUGCGGUCUCUCCUCCCUGUGUCUCGCCUGCUACUCUUCCUCCUCCUCUCCCCUCCUUCUUCUUCUUCUGCCUGAGAUUUGGGAUGUGCUCAGGACCUAUGUCUCUUUUCUAGUCCGACCUUCUUCUCCGCUCUUAUGUCCCUCACUCAUUUCUAAAGAGUUUUUUUUCUAAAGAAUGAAUAAUUUCCACCAGCUAUUUUGGUUAAAAUGCUUGACGAAGGACUGAUGGUGCCACCGAUGUGAGGUCCUAAAUUCAGAGUCGGCCACUGAAAAUGUGACGUUGCCUUUUCUUUUUCAAAGUAGCAUUUAGCUAAGUUUGUUGUCUUUUUUUAAUUUAUUCAGACUCCUGUGAGUUCUGACAGACACCAUGGUUUCCUGUCGUCAAGUCGACACGCAGAGAUGAUGUUGUGAUGUUGAAAAAAGGGGAGGAAACUGGAAUGUAUUUCCUAGAGUUGUGUGAGCUGGCUGUUUGCGUACGUGUCCACUUAGAGGUCAAAGGUCAUCAACAGCUGCAUCCACGUGAGUUGUCCGGCCUAUUUGUCUUUUUGUCCUACUUCAAAUGGAACAAUUAAAAUACAACCCGAUUUACCAGUCUGCAUCAAGGACGUGAUGCUAAAGUGUUCUUUACUCCAGCUACACUCCAGCUGAUUUGCCAUUCGAGCCUCCCAGUGUUAUGCACAAUCUUCAAAUGAAGCAAACCGGAUUUGUCAGUGUUAGCAACAGUGUUUAUACGUAUUACAGGGUGUAACAGGGUGUUGUGUACCAGAUUACAAUCACAGUGACAAUCCUAAAAAGUGCUGGACCACAUGCUAUCUGUUGCUGCAACUCCAACUGCUUCACCCUCCUCCUCCUCAAGGACAAAGUCCACUGAAUGUCCCAUGAAAGUCGUUUUUUUUUUUUUUAAAUAAUAUACUUUU